UACUCGCCACCAGAAAGCGUGGGGAGAGAUCAAGCCUCUGCUGUAGGAGGAAGCUGUCCUAUAAAUGGCGGGAGCCUACCUGCACCGUCCAAGUUUCUCACGCCCACGACUCUCUUUCGUCAGUUUUCACACUUAAUUAACCCCUUCAAAACCCUCCAAUCUCCAAAGUUCAAUCCCAAAUCUGGUGCCUUAGCUUUCCCUUUUAUCCCCUUAAUUGCACAUCGACUACCCUUCUUGUGGAUUUUGCAAUUCUAGGGUUUAUUUCGGUCUUCUGAGAAAACCCUAGUUCAUUUCUUUUUGGCUGUCUGGCUUUUUGCUGAUACAGGAAUAGAGAAGUUGGAGCAGUUCCGGAGUUCUGAUUCAAUGGAGGUUGUGGCUGGCGGUGCCGCCACUCGCGGAGGUUCGUUGCCUACGGCGUCAUCAGCGAGGAAGGAAUGGCGCCCCGUUUCGGAGCAUCGCCCUGUCCGAAAUGCUGGGGACGAGGAAUUAGAACGGUCAAAGUUGGGGCAAUCUGAUGAGAGAACAAUAUAUGAGCAUGGAAGAGAGCCUGCAGAUGUUGACUUUUGUUCUAUUACAAUGGAUGGGACCUUAGAAAAUGACAUAUUACAACAGCGGCUUAACAGUGUCAUUAGACAAAGGGAGGAGCUGCAAAAUGUGGAAAUUGAACUUAGAGCUCAAGCAAUUGCCAGAUCAGAGAUCAUGGAAAUGCAAAGCAGAUUUGAUGCUCAAAUCAAAGAACAUGCUAAUACUGCUGCUAAGCAUGAGGAACAACUUCAUGAAAGGGAACAGUCUAUACUUGAACUAGAAAGGAAAAUAGAAGAGAAAGACAGAGAGCUAAAUGCAAUCAAGUUGGAAAAAGAAGCGGCCUGGGCAAAAGAAGAUCUCCUCAGAGAGCAAAAUAAGGAACUUGCAACUUUUAGAAGAGAGCGUGAUCAUUCUGAAGCUGAAAGGGCUCAGCAUAUAAAACAAAUACAUGAUCUUCAAGAGCACAUUCAAGAGAAGGAGAGACAACUUAUUGAGUUGCAGGAUGAGUAUAGGACUGCUAAAGACACCAUUCUUUACAAGGAUGACCAAUUGAGGGAGGCCCAAGCUUGGAUUGCACGUGCACAAGAGAUGGAUGUCUUGCAAUCAAGUACAAAUCAGUCACUACAGGCUGAAUUGCGAGAACGGAUAGAGCAAUAUAACCAGCUCUGGCAUGGUUGUCAGAGACAGUUUGCAGAGAUGGAAAGACUUCAUUUGCAUACAGUACAGCAGCUUCAACUUGAGCUGGCAGAUGCAAGGAGUGGCAGGUAUGCUGAUGAAUCACGCGUGUCCCAAACAAAUUCGAAAGAUGCAUCACAGUUUGGUCAAAAUAGUGGAAACCAAGUUGAUGCAAAUGGAGCUGCUGCUACAAAUACCAAUGGUGGGAUCAUUCCAAAUGGUACUUCUGACAAUGUUCAAAAUUUUGCUACUGGUAGUAAUGCAUCAGUUCAGAACGACCAUGUUCAAAGUGUUCCAAUUGCCCCAUCAUCUAUACUUGGGAUGCAUACCUACCUCCCACCUGGACAAGUGACUGCUUUGCCUCCAUUUGUGAUGCAUCAACAAGGGGUUCCCCAAUCCAUGCCAUCACAUAUUCCUCCAUCCCAUGUUGGGCAUUUUCACUCAAUCGCAGCAAUGUCGUCCAUACACCAGUGGCAGAACCAUCCGACUGCAGCAGAUGGUUCACGGUUAUCUGUACAUAAUCAACUUCCAGAAUCCCAAAAUGAUGAAAGCCUUGUGAGGUCAGAUGGAAAGUAUGAGUAUGAAAUAUCUGUUAAUGGGCAAGCUGUUCAGCCAGAGUAUCUGGAUCAAGUAAGCCAAGCACCUGAAACAAGUUCUGUUGUAACAACAUCAACUGGGAUACCACAGGUCCUUGAACCUGUCAAUUCAAGUUACCUUGUUGCUGCCCAUCCUGAGCAGAGCAUGCAACAAAUUUCUUCUCAAUUUCAAGAGGCAUUGAGAUUGAGCCCUCAUGAACAGAGUAUUGAGUCCGAGGAACAGAACAUUCUGAACUUGAAUGGUCAUGGACUGGAGAACCAAGUUUUAAAAGCAGAACAAGCAAAUUCUGCUGCCAGUGUAUCCCCACCUGAUACUUCAGAGCAUUCUUUUAAUGCCAGUGAAACCUCAAUCAACAAUGGCACUGGUCUAGCGUUGCCUGAUAAUUUAGUCUCAACAGGGCAGGUGAAUACAGUAAUUGCAGGAAAGACUUCAGAUAUUGCCCUGCUUGAUGAACGGUCACUGUUGGCUUGUAUAGUUCGCACCAUACCAGCUGGUGGCAGAAUUCGGAUCGGUUCAACACUACCCAACAGGCUGGGCAAGAUGCUUUCUCCUCUGCACUGGCAUGACUACAAGAAAAAAUUUGGGAAGCUGGAUGACUUUGUAGCCAGUCACCCGGAGUUGUUUGUGAUUGAGGGGGAUUAUAUUCAGCUUCAGGAGGGAGCACAGGGAAUGAUAGCAGCUACAGCUGCUGCUGCCAAAGUUGCUGCAGCAGCUGCAGCAACAUCUCCUUGCUCCUCAUUUUUGCCUUCAGUUGCUGUUACUCCAAUGGCACAGCCUCACCGACUGAAAAAGUUACCAUCAGUUGGUUCCAACCAUGUGAAGAAUGAUAAUGCUGUUUUCAGGGAAUAUGCGGUCAUCACAACAAAUUCAGCUGAUGCUUCACAUCUCUCAGUAAGGCAGAAUCAAGCUCCUAAUGGUGUUUGUUUUGGUGUGGCCAGAGGUCUCUCAAAUGUGAAAAUUUCGAGCAAAUCUAAAGAUUCUGAACUUAAUGGUGCAAACUUUGACCAAUCAAGUGUGACUAGUACUGAAAGCAGGGGCUCAACUCAUGGAAGGUCUAAUGCAGGAUUUGUGGGGAAGCAGCAAGGCAGGUAUGUGGUUUAAACUUAGUUUUCCACUUAUAUGUAUGUGGAUGUAUCUGUUCCUGCUACUGAAGAAAAAUGCUCCGUUUGAUUGGUAUAUAUUGAAUGUGGAGCUCAUUGAGACUGGUUUUUUUGUAGCAGGUCAACUGGGGCAGCCAUAACUUCCAGAAGAUAGAAAACUCUAAAUCACAAUGAUGGUUCCGAGAUUUGCAUUGAUGGUGUUUGAGAAUAGAGAAUAUCUGGGAACUGAUAUGCUGCAGUAUGUUAUUCAUCUGAAGUGAAUCAUCAGCAAUCUUUUGCAUCUGAUAAGUUCCCUAAUGGCAAUUAAAAACUGAUAUUUUUAAAUUGCUUUGAAUCUUUUGGUCCCUUGUUUUGGUGGGGAAAAAAAAGAAACAGAACUUGAUUUUAUUGUGUUCUUAUUAUGCAUUAUUUAAGAUGUUAUUUUAUUGCUUAACUUCUUUCAGUGAUAUAUCCAUGAAUUGGAUGCCAUUUUAUAUCAGU